CAAAAGACUAACUAAAACAGAUAUCGAGAAAAGAUUAGCCAUUCCCACAAACAGUUUGGAGCAUUUUCUAGGUUUCAAUGGAAGACAAGGGGCUUAUUUGAAGGUUAAGGACAGAAGCCAUCGUUUAUGGACAUUUUGGUGCUCCGUUCGAAAGACAAGCUACCCUAAACCAGUAUUUUCUUCAGGCUGGCUCCAAUUUUCUCACCAUUACAACCUCAGAAUUGGCGACAAAAUCACUCUUCGAAAGCAACUAAAAAGGGACGUUAGUAAUGGAGUUCAAUACAAGAUUGAAGUGCAAAGGAAGAUCAAUUUGUUUGGUAAAGAUGUAUGGGCUCAUGUCCUUUAACCCUUCGGUAUGUAUUAUAUUUAUACGCAGUUUUUAUUUCAAUAUUGUUAGUGGGAGAAUGUAAAAUAUUCAAAUAAACCCUUUUCUUUUUGUGUAAAGAUUUAUGAAUGUGUUUAAUUUAACUUUAACUGGGGAAAGUGGGAUACAGAUUUCCUGUGUUGUUUUAUUUGAGAAGAUGAAUCCUGAAUUUCAUGUGAUAAAUCACACAAAAAAGGAUGUAUAAUGCAGAUAGAUCCAAAUCCCAAAAAGGAACACCUUAAUUACCAUUAUUUGUUUAAGGACACGUUUGAACUCCAAAAUAUAAACCUGUCAAUCAUCUAGCUUAAUCACAUUCCAACUGGCGAUUCCCAUGAUGCAAUUCUUUCCAUUUAAAGAGCAGUUUCACUUGCCUAACCAUCCCACAAACACAGCACUGCUGAUUAUCAACUCUCUCUCUCUCAUGGAAGGAGAAACAAGAAAUGUUGUGAUCAAAGUGGAGGCUGAAUCAGAUGUUGAGCCCAUUUCAGUCCAAAGAUGCUGCAGUCUUGUUUCAGACCAGAGUAAUGAAAGAAUCUGCAGGUACAAAGAAUGCAGGCGCAACCAUGCCGCUUCAAUUGGCCGCUACGCUAUUGACGGUUGUGGGGAGUUCAUUUGUUGCAAAGACGACGUAUUCAUGUGUGCUGCAUGCGGCUGUCAUCGCAGCUUCCACCGCAAAGAUUAUUUGCCUCCUCCACCUCAACCAAAAUUAAUGUCAUCAUGCCUGGCACCCUUGCCUUUAGCAUCCCACAAUGGGCUCACUGGCGAGACUUCCUUGUUCGUUAAGGACCGGAAUAACACUGUUGCAGGGCCCGGCGCAGAGGAACAAAACACGAACAAGGAAGCAAAAAGAACAAGGCUAACAGUGGAGCAGAAGAACAAAAUGAUGAGGUUCGCUGAUAAGUUAGGGUGGAGGUCCCAGGGGCACGACGACGCUGAGAUCCGACAGUUCUGCGAGCAAGUCGGAAUUACGAAGCGCGUGUUCGUCGUUUGGUUGAACAACAACAGGCGUCGGAGCCGGAAGGGUUCUAAGUGAUUAUCCCCCGCAUAUGCAUGUGGCUGAAUAAAUGAAAUAAAUAACAAUAAUUAUAUGAGAUCUCGCCUCCUUGUUUCAAAUUAGGGUUUCUGUUUCACUGUCUUGUCUGUUUAUUUCAAGGGUCGUCCUUCGUUGUUUUCCCUUUAUGUUAUUGUAACUGAAUCUCUGUCACGUCGUUGCUUUUGCUUGUUUCUAGGCUUCUUUGAGCGUUUAUGUUUCAACUUAAAAUAUUGUA